ACAUGUAAUUAAAAAGUACUUGAGCAAGCGAACGAGAAUGGAUUUAAACAGAUCAAGCAACAUAACGUCAAGACAAACAACCUAUUCAACCGUGAGGUUUUCGCUCGCAUUAGUAUUUCUACUGACAUCGUUUAUUGCAAAUUCGUUGGUUAUCUGCGCCAUUUAUCGUUUUCGGCGACUUCGUUCCUGCUCUAACUUAAUAAUAUUAAAUUUGAGUGUCGCUGAUGUGCUAUUCACGCUUAUUGUGGCCCCGAUAAAUGGCUCUUACUGGGCUCAAAACAAAGAUACAAUUGGAGUUGUUUCCUGCCUCAUAUCAGCUGUCUCGUCUAUUUUGUUCGGCAUGGUCUCUAUUUACACCUUAGUUUUCGUGAGUGUCGAGAGAUUCGUUGCAACUAAUUAUCCUCUAAAGCACAGGCAGGUGUUCAACACAAAAUUGGUCCGAAUUGGUGUCUCGAUUAUUUGGAUAUGGUCCGGACUUUUGUGUGGCUUGCCUUUCGUCCUGACCAGAUACGUGUAUAUCGAAGGCUUUUUUCACUGCUCAAUUGACUGGUCUGACAAUAUGGCCUUCACGAUAAUAUUUCUUACAUGUGCAUACCUUUUGCCUGUCCUGACUUUGAUAUUCUGCAACAUCUAUAUUUUUCGAGCAGUGAGAAUUAGCCAACGAAGUCGAGCUAGCUAUUUAAAUUCUCAGGACAGGAGGAUUUCCAACACUAAGCUUUGGUUCGCCAGGGACCGCAAAGCCUCAUUUUGCAUCAUCGUUAUUGUGGCGACGUUUGUAAUUUGCUGGACCCCGUACGCUAUUGCAAGCCUUGAAAUUUUUCUCGGCAGCCAUGUUUUACCAGCGAGGUUCAUGUCAGCUGCAGUAUUGCUCACCAUAGGAAAUGCCUCGUUCAAUCCUGUCAUUUAUGGUGUCAUGAAUUAUAAAUUUCGCGAGGCUUUUCGAAAUAUUUUGUGUCCGGGAAAUUCGAAUGUUCGGCCUUUUUAAGCUUUCUAUGAAAAUUAUAUUGAACAAUCUAUGAAAUCUAUGAACAAUCUUGCACCAGUGUAAUAUUUAUGAGAUGCCAGCUAAAUAUAGGCUCAUUGGUUAGAAUUUAUCCACGUGCACAUUACAAUGCGAUUAAAGUUGUAGAGGAGACAUAUUUCUGGACGUAUUGUGAACGGUGUAAAAGAAGGAAUAACAGUGCUUUGUCAUUGAGAAGGGUAGCUAAUUGUAAAAAAUUGAAUCUGAAAAAUAAAAAAGUGGUUUAAGUGUUUGAUAACCACCGAAUUCACUUUUUUGCUUGCAUGCAUGAGAAAACAAAUUUUCAUCAAUCAUGGAAAUUUGGCAUCACUCUCAUGGGAUUCCCUUCAGAUAGACAGGAGAACAGCCAUAACUUAAAACAGCCAAAAGGCGAAAUGUAAAUUUAGCAAAGAUUUUUUACGUCUUCAACAGCUGAUGUGCGAAUGUAAAUUUGCCUUUGUUCUUAAACUUAUUAAGUUCUUGAUCACAAAAACAUCGUAUAACGAUCCCAACACGGUACUUCCAUUUGAAUAUAAGUGCUUGAUUUUUAAUGUUCUACCUUAAAUCUUAACAAUAUUUGAGAAAGGAUUCCGUUAUUGGAUUAAUAAUAUUGAAUGUCAUUCACAAGUGUGGGUUGAGUAAGCUGUUUAAAUACAAGCGUAUAUUUCCAUAUGCGACUUAAUUCUUACACAAUACGCAUGGCUUCUUGUUUAUAAGCUUAUCCUUAAUUAAACCUAUAUAAUUAUGUUUGCAACAGAGUACAUAGCUACCCAUUUAUCAUUGAGUUGAAAACACGUGAUCAACGAAGUGGGAAUUUUAAUGUGAAAUUUUCACCGUCACAUCAAUACAGGCGUUCCGAAAUAUUAAGAAUUCAUUUGCUUACAUACUCCUUUCUGUAGAUCUG